UUUGAUCUAAAAUGGGACAGCUGAUUUUAGAGACGCCUCCCAUCUACGCAGGCGACGCCCGGCGUCGCUUCGGCUCCAGUAUGCCAUGUUUAUUCGCGAAAAUCCCGUAACUCGACGCAGAUACUCGCAGUUUAGUCGCGACCAUAGUGUUUAUGAUAUUUUGGUAACACACCCGAAUAUCGCUUUCUUUUUGUUAUCACGUUAGACUUUCCAGCUACCUGCAUAAAUAAUCAGUAUCAAUCAGUUUCAGAUUGCAAAUAAUACUUGAAAGUGUUAUUCGUUAUGAGGAAUUAAUUUGUGGCCACAUCUAAGGAAAAUUGAAGUACACAAUGAGUGCAUCAGACUCCAAAACCAAACAAAGCACAUCAAGUAGUUCGAGGAAAAAACAGAGAUCACGGUCUACACCUCGUCAUGGAGAAAGUGAUAAGAAACCUAGAAAACGUCGACAUCUUAGUGCCACGAAUUCACUGGUCAAUAUUCCCAGUACCAUCAAACUAUCAAUGCUGAACAGUGGUUUACUUUCAUGUAAUGAAAAUGGAACUACAUUAACAACAAUUAUAGAAAAACCUAUCGAGUUGAAGAAUUAUGUUAAAUUCUGUGAUCGUAGGCGCAAAUUUCCCGUCCUCUACAAACUUGAAUUUCAGAUUGCAGUGAAAGUGGAACAGCACUCAUGCAGGCAUGGUACAAAAAAAGCGAAUUUGGAAAAGAAUCAGAAUCAAAGAUGCAUUCCGUAUGACUAUAAUCGUGUUGUUCUUGAAACAAUAGAGGGUGAACAUGACUCUGAUUAUAUAAAUGCUUCUUAUGUGGAUAGUUUACUUAAACCAAAUGCUUAUAUUGUUACGCAAGGACCAACGGAGGAAACUGUCACCGACUUUUGGAGAAUGGUUUGGCAAGAGAAGGCAAGUUGUAUUGUAAUGCUUACAAAGACUUUUGAUUUUAUCAAAGUUAUGUGCGUGCAAUACUGGCCUGCUAAUAUGGAAUUGGAGGAAACUUAUGGUGGAAUCACUAUCGGCGUUGUUCAGGAAGAGGAGCUAGCAAAUUUUCAUAUACGUACUUUUCGCUUAUAUAAGAAGGAUUUAGAUAAUGUUAUAACGGAGGAACGAUUUAUUCUACAAUUCCAUUUCACUGAGUGGCAUAGUCAUUCGUGUCCUUUUGCAAAUGCCCUGCUAGAAUUUAGGAGACGUGUGAGAGCAGUAGUUGGCCACAGAAUUAAGAGCAAUGAAGCGGGGCCAAUGGUUGUACAUUGCAAUGAUGGCGGUGGACGAUCGGGAGUUUAUUUAGCUAUUGAUGGAAAUUUAGAAUUUGGAGAGGAAGAAGACACUUUUGACGUAUUUGGAUAUUUGAAGAAAUUAAGGCAAUCACGUCGUGGUCUUGUCGAAGAUGUCGAACAAUACAAGUUCAUCUACGAUACUCUUGAGGAGUAUAUAACUUGCGGUAAUUCCUGGUUUCCAGUGAAUGAGUUAUCACAAAGGCUUAAGCAAAAAUCCCAAAAGAAUAUAGUAACUAAAAUAAACGAGUAUCAAAGAGAAUAUAUGUUAAUAUGUAAACAAACUCCGCGAUUUACAAUUGGCGAUUGUGCUGGAGGCCAUCGAGGGGAUAAUAGAAAGAAAAAUCGUGACGUACUUGUCGUCCCUCCUGACAACUUUCGACCAUACUUGACUUCAUUUCAAGGUAAUAAUUAUACGGAUUAUAUAAAUGCAGUAUUUGUAGAUGGUUAUACAAAACCUCGAGAAUAUAUAGUGACGGAAUGGCCACUGAAACCAACUUGUGGAGAAUUUUGGUCCUUGGUAUAUGAUUACGAAUGUUCAGCGGUCGUUAUUCUUUGUGUUCCACCAACAAAUUCCCAAUCCUUUCCACCGUUUUGGCCAGAAGGAAGAACGCCUAAAAAAUAUGGUCCUGUUUUUACAAUUGAUCACAUCUCGCACACUCACUACUCAAAUAUAAAAACAUGGGUAUUUAGAAUAAAUAAGAAGAUAGUGUCUCUAACAGAAUUAAUGGCCGGUGUUAAAGCACCUCCGAGGACUGUACAGCUGUUCCAAUUAACUUGUUGGCCUAUGGGACACAAAGUACCCACGUCAACUAAUUCUCUUGUAGAAUUAAUGAAUAUGGUGGAAAGAUGGAGGCAACGUACGGACUAUGGACCAGUUUGCGUAGUUUCUCCUGAUGGAAGAAGCAGAUGUGGAAUAUAUUGCGCUGCUAACGCUUGCAUUGAACAAGUAAUACAACAUGGUGAAGUCGAUAUUUUUCAAGCUGUUAGGACAGUUAGAAGACACAGACCACAAUUGAUUGAGAAUAUUACUGAAUAUAAAUAUUGUUACGAUUUAGUUCUACAUUAUGUUCUCCACUAUUUAAACAAGGAUAUUAAGGAAAAAGAUAAGGAUAAGAUAUCCUCAGUACAAGAUAGUUAAAAUGUAUAUAUUAGGGGCGGCCAUAUAAUUCAAACUUCUGAUCCACUCUUCUAAAGUGAUCCAUUGAAAUGAAGCUUUUUGUCUCUUUUUACUAGCUUCACAUUCGAAAUAAUCAUUUUUCAAUUUGUCGCUAUCGGCCAAAAAUCGGUUCUUGCUCGAUUACGAUAGAUGCAUUGACCGCCACUGGUAUAUGUCAUGGUGCAUUUACAGCAACCACAUAAAUACAUUUUUUAGAAAGCUAUACAAUAUAUUGAUUUAUUUGAAA